AUGUCCACCUUACAAAAGAUUGACGACGCUUCAGACCCUGAUGAACAGUCAGAUUUAUUCUUUUCAACAAAGAAAGAUAAAGAGUCUAAAAGACAAAAACUAAAACGGAUAAUCACCCGACCUUUACGGAGGAGUCAGAGCGCAUGCUGUGAAAAUGAAAUCCCAUCACAUGCAUUAUUUUUAGAUACCAAAAAUGGCAAAUCAAAAGACACGAUGGAAAAUCGUGCUUUGGACUUAUUCCUUUAUCAAAGGCUUUUUGGUAGCCAUGAUGACGACGAUAAAGCAAGACGGUUUCACAAGACCUGUUCAGCCGAGUCAGCAUUAGCAGAAAACGUUCAGGCAAAAUCCAAAUCUAUGGAUCACGAGAGCUCAUUUCCCUUCUUUAACACAACGACACAUGACCAAGCAUUACAGUGGAGUAAAUCAUUAGAUGAUCUUCUACGGGACAAAAAUGGUGUAGAGUUGUUUCUAUUGUUUCUUCGGUCCGAGUUUAGCGAGGAGAAUUUAGAGUUUUGGAUUGCCUGUGAAGAAUUUCGAACAUGUAACGAAUCUAGCAUGCCAAUAAUGGCUCAAAAGAUUUACAAUGAAUUUGUUGUCUCGAAAGCACCAAAAGAGGUAAAUUUAGACGCUGACACUAAAACAGAGACCAUCGAAAAUUUAGAAAGUCUUUCCCGGGAUACAUUUGAUGCUCCUCAACAUAAGAUUCAAGCUCUAAUGGCAAAAGAUUCAUAUCCACGAUUCUUGGAGUCCGAUCUUUACCAGUUUCUUAUUGAAAAUGUUUCCAAAGUUUGA